UGGUCAUCUCCUGUACUGUGUCCGCAGUCUCUGGUCAUCUACUGUACUGUGUCCGCAGUCUCUGGUCAUCUCCUGUACUGUGUCCGCAGUCUCUGGUCAUCCCUGUACUGUGUCCGCAGUCUCUGGUCAUCUCCUGUACUGUGUCCGCAGUCUCUGGUCAUCUCCUGUACUAUGUCCGCAGUCUCUGGUCAUCUCCUGUACUAUGUCCGCAGUCUCUGGUCAUCCCUGUACUGUGUCCGCAGUCUCUGGUCAUCCCUGUACUGUGUUUGCAGUCUCUGGUCAUCUCCUGUACUGUGUCUGCAGUCUCUGGUCAUCUCCUGUACUGUGUCCGCAGUCUCUGGUCAUCCCUGUACUAGUCCGCAGUCUCUGGUCAUCUCCUGUACUGUGUCCGCAGUCUCUGGUCAUCUCCUGUACUGUGUCCGCAGUCUCUGGUCAUCUCCUGUACUAUGUCCGCAG